AUGGAGGCUCCUCUAUCUCUAACUCUCAAAAAACCUCCUUUUCUUACACCCACACAACAAACCCAUGAUUCCAAACACUGGAAUUCAGUAAUCAAACACCACACCAAGCUUAAAGACGAUCGCGCUAUACUCGAUACAUAUACCCAGAUGGAAUGUUUGGGCGUUUUGCCUGAUAAUGCCACAUUGCCAUUAGUACUCAAGGCGUGUGGCCGGUUACAUGCCACUGAGAAAGGCAAGAAGAUACACAAUGAUGUUUCUAAUGCAGGUUUUGUUGCUGAUAUUCGUGUUCAAACCGCUCUUGUGAAUUUUUACUCGAAAUGUGGGAUGCUGGAGAAUGCACUUAAGGUGUUUGAUGAAAUGACUGACAGAGAUGUCGUUUCUUGGAACGCUAUGAUUUCUGGGUGUGUUAGUUGUUCUGAGUUCGGAAGAGCUAUGGGUUUGUUUUAUUGGAUGCAAAAGGGGGGCUUGAAAGCGAAUUCAGUUACUGUGGUUGAGUUGCUUAAGGCGUGUGGGGAGUUAAUGGAAUUCAGAUUUGGGAAAGAGAUACACGGGUAUUGCUUGAGGCAUGGUUUGUUUGAUUCGAAUCAUCAUGUGGGUUCAUCAUUAAUGGGGUUUUACUUAAAAUUUGAUUCGUCAUUAGCGCGUCUUGUUUUUGAGAUGUUGGAUCCAAGAAACACGAUAAGCUGGAAUACUAUGAUUAGUGGGUAUGUUAACAAUGGGGAUUGCGUGAAAGCUCUUCAGCUUUUCAUUUUGAUGGUCAUUGAUGGAGUUGAAUGUGAUUCCGUCACAUUGUUAGUUGUCAUACAGGCCUGUGCUGGGUUUAGAAAUCUUGAAGUGGGUAUGCAAGUUCAUCAGGUGGUUAUCAAGUAUGGUUAUAGCGAUAUGCAUAUAAUUAACGCGUUGAUGAAUAUGUAUAGUAAGUUUGCAGAUUUUAGAUCGUUCUACGAGCUAUUUAGGUCGAAACCAUUAAGAGAUGUUGUUUUAUGGAAUUCUAUUUUAUCUUGUUGUAUAGAAAAUGGUUUCAUUGAGGACUCGUUGAACCUAUUAACCAAGAUGCAGUUGGAAGGUGUUCAAAUGACUGAACGGACUAUAGUCAUUAUGCUGCCUGUAUGUGCUCAGCUUUCUGAUGGUUUGGCAUAUGGUAAAGGCUUACAUGCAUAUGCUUAUAAGAUUGGCAAGGAAAGAAACACACAUAUUGAAAAUAGUUUGGUGAAUAUGUACUCAUUGCUAAACAAUAUUGAAGAUGCAACAAGAGUUUUCAUACAAAUAGAAGACUUGAAUAUAAUUUCGUACAAUGUUUUCAUCUCUGCUUUGACCCACAAUAAAUUAAAGGUUCAAGCUUGUGAAGUUUUUAUCCAAAUGCUAGAAGAUGUUAAACCGAAUCCUCAAACGCUGACUUCAAUUCUUGCUAUAUUGGAUACUGGAGAUUUUUAUAACUUCGGCAGAUCCAUCCAUGCGUAUGUGAUGAAAUGUGGAAUCCAUAUUGAUGCAUCUUUGAACACUGCAUUGACAGAAAUGUAUAUAAAUUGCAAUGAUGAAGACACUGGUAGGCGCUUAUUUCAGAAUUAUCCUGAUAAAGAUUUGAUCUCGUGGAACUCGUUAAUAUCCACUUAUAUUAAGAACAAUCAGCAGGAAAAAGCUUUGCUCCUUUUCCACUACAUGAUCUCAAUGAUAAGACCGAACUUUGUCACUAUCAUAAGCAUUCUCGCAUUAUAUACUCAUCUAUCUAAUCUUCCUCAAGGUAGAUGCUUACAUGCUUAUACGUUAAGAAGGUUUUCAUCAUUGAAUCUUGAUUUAUCGCUCGCGAAUGCCUUCAUAACUAUGUAUGCAAGGUGUGGUAGUUUGGAUUAUGCUGAAAAAAUCUUUAACAUUCUACCAGAAAAAGAUAUAGUCUGUUGGAAUGCCAUGAUUGCUGGUUAUGGAAUGCAUGGGCGUGGGAACGAUGCAAUGUUGACUUUCUCAAAAAUGGUCAAAGAAGGGAUUAAACCAACUCAAGUAACAUUUGUUUCUGCUUUAUCUGCUUGUAGCCAUUCGGGAAUGAUACAUAAAGGUUUACAUCUAUUUCAUUCCAUGGUUAAAGAUUUUCGAAUAACUCCAGAACUUGUACAUUUUUCUUGUUUGGUUGAUCUUCUUGCUCGUGGUGGGUUCUUAAGUGAAGCCAAAAGUGUUAUCGACACAAUGCCUAUGGCAGCUGAUGCGUCUAUUUGGCGAGCUCUAAUUGGUGCCUGUAGAAUCUAUUCCAAUAUCCACAUGGCUAAAAGUGCUUUUGAAAAGCUUAUUGAACUAGAACCAACAAAUGCUGGAAAUUACGUGUUACUAUCCAACAUUUAUGCUGCUGCAGGUCUCUGGUCUGAGGUAAAAAACCUGAGAUUGAUUGUUGAAAAAAGGAAUUUGAAGAAGCCAGCUGGUAGAAGUUGGAUUGUUAUCAAAAGCAAACUUCAUUUCUUUGCAGCAGGAGACAAAUCACACCCACAAUCUGAACCUAUAUAUAAAAAGUUGACUCUUAUGUUGACUUCUGUUAAGGAAAUGGGGUAUGUUCCAGAUUUGAGUUGGGUUCUUCAUGAUGAAGAUGAUGAGAGAAAAUUGGCAAGGCUUUCAAGCCACAGUGAGAAACUAGCUAUUGCUUUUGGAUUGAUUAGUGUGAGUGGUUGUUCACCAAUCUUGAUUACCAAGAAUUUAAGGAUUUGUGGUGAUUGCCAUGAAUUUUGUAAAUAUGUUUCAAAACUUUCAAGACGGUCUAUAAUUAUCAGGGAUGCUAGUCGCUUUCACCACUUUGUAGAUGGAUCCUGCUCUUGUAAGGACUACUGGUGAGAUAAAACUGAUGGACUUUAGAUUGUAUGUAAUAUGUAUAUAUACGGUCCACCGGUCACCAUGUAUUUACAUUGCCUAAAUAUUGAAUACAAUAGGUCAUGCUAGCUUUUAUGGAAAUUACAUUAGUUAUCAAGCUGAACAUUUUUUAAUGGGGAAGCUCAAGAUGUAUGGGAAACACCGUACUUGGCUGAGCUAAUAAUCUUUGUGGUAGAUUAGCCGAAAAAUUAAGUUUUAAUCAAACACUAGUAAUGGGCACACCAUAUGUAAUCUCUUCAGGCUAUUAAGCGCAAUAAGUUUCAAAGUGAA